CGCAAGGCACAUGACACUUCUUUCCAAGAAGUCCAUAAACAUAUCGCUCGUCACGUAAUCGGCCCGUUGAAGAUGAAAAGUCAUGCUGACAUUUCUUUUCAUGCUAGAAUUGCGCUUGUAACAAAGUCCCCACCUAGGCAUUUUCACCCGUUUAAGCUUACCGUCAUAAUAACCCGCAAAAGCUUGUAUUACCUUCUCAUAAGCCCUUCUCUUGAGGACGGUCAUCUGGGCCCCUGUGCCGAUGAAGAAGAGGGCUCCAUGUUCAUGCCGAGGAUUCCGGAGAAGAUGGGUGACCGGUCAGCGCACCCGAAGAUCAUAUUUGGGAAAGUUGUUGAGCUCUUGUUCCUCAGAGGUAGGGUGAACGAGUCCGACGAGAGAAUAUAG